AUGUCUAGCUUUGCUCUAUCACGGGGUCUCGCGGCCAUUGUCUUUGCCCCGGCGGUCGGUCAAUAUAUCGAUGUUGGAAAUCGUUUACAUGUAGUCCGCGUUUCGAUUGUUGGCCAACGACUGGUGGUAGCUGCAUCGUGCACUAUCUUUUAUCUCUUGAAAACCCUGGUUACAAUCUCGCAAGUCGUUAAUGUUUUCUUGUUGACGGCACUGGCCCUUUUGGCUUGCAUCGAAAAGUUAUGCUCUAUUAUGAAUCAGAUCUCUGUGGAGAGAGAUUGGGUAUGCUUCUGA